AUGACAACUGAUAAAGAUGCUUCUUCAUAUGGCAGUAAACCAAUUGACUGGGAACGAUAUGGACUUAGCAGUGAACCUUCAGCUGUGGAAAAGGGUCCAUUAUUGGGUGGAUGGUCAGAAGGAGAAGGAAGCUCUCAAUUUCAUAAUAAAGAAGAACAAGAAUUAUUUCAUGAAGAUCAGUUAGCAAACAGUAAACCUUGGUGGAAAACCAACUUCUUUUUAUCAGAGCCUGUUUUGUUUGGUGUUUGGGAUGGAGUGUUUACAUCAUGUAUGAUCAAUCUGUUCAGUGUCAUAAUAUUUUUAAGAGUUGGUUGGAUUGUUGGAAAUGCUGGAAUUGCACAAUCAGUUGGCAUUGUGUGCAUCACAGUUUUAAUUGGCACAAUGACUGUUUUGUCUGGCAUUGGAAUAUGCGAAAGAUGUCACUUGCAAAGUGGUGGAGUUCACUUUCUUUUGUCUCAUAUUUUUGGCACACGCAUGGGUGGUGCAAUAAGUUUAAUUUACUGCUUUGGCCAGUCAGUGAGUUGUGCUCUUCAUGUGAUGGGUUUUGCUGAGUCAUUCUCCCAAAUUGUCAUCAUAACUAAUACAUGGGCUAUACGUGGAAUUGCGGCUGGAGUAAUAAUCUUGCUUCUAGCUAUAAACUUAGCUGGUGUCAAGUGGGUCAUAAGACUACAGUUUGGUUUGCUAAUAAUUUUACUUUUAGCUGCUCUUGACUUAGCAGUGGGAACUUUUAUUCAAGUAGACUUGGCUCAUGGGGUGGUUGGAUAUGAUUUAACAAACUUCAAGAAUAACACUGGUCCUGCUUAUCAAGAUGGUGAAAAUUGGUUCACUGUUUUUGGUGUUUUUUUCCCUGCUAUGACUGGGGUAUUGGCCGGAAUAAACAUGAGUGGAGAUCUUCAUAAUCCAUCCAAAGAUAUACCAGUUGGAACGUUAGCUUCCGUUGGUACUAGCUUUUUUAUCUAUAUGAUUUUCGUUGUCGGAUUGGGUGCGACAUGCCAACGAUGGGCAUUGCAGACAGAUUACAUGAUUGCUGAAAAAGUAUCAGCUAUUGGAGUUCUUUUGCUGGCUGCUCUUUAUAUAUCAGCUAUGUCUGCAUGCUUAGGAUCUCUGUAUGCUACACCAAGAAUAAUUCAGAGCAUGGCAAAUGAAAAUGUCAUUCCUUUAAUGCGGUUUUUAGGAAAGGGAAAAGGACCAAACAAAGUGCCAAUUUAUGCUCUAAUUCUUUUUGCUAUGGUUACUUUUAUAUUUGUACUCGUUGGAAGCAUCAACACCUUAGCACCUAUUGUAACUAUUCCUUUUCUACUGACAUAUGCUUCAGUCGAGUAUGCUUAUUUUUCUCUUGCCAUGACAUUUGAUAUACAAAAGAGAUAUGAAGAGCGUUAUGCAGGUCUUCAAAGUCCCUCAUUUGUUACAGACAGAAGUAGAAUGGCAAUUUAUGGCUCUACUACAGAAAAUAAGGUUGAUGCUGAUUUAGAUGAAUUGUUCCCUGAAAGAGUUCCCCAUCAUAAAAGAGGACUGGUUCGUGAAGGUAGCAGCAUCAGUAUAUCUGCAACAGAGUCACCAGUGACCUCUCCAGAUGAGCACAGCUCUAUACGUAGCGUUGAAAGUAAAGAUUCUCAAAAGAGUACUCAUCAGGCUCCUGCUAAUGUUCUUGACAAUGGAAAAUUGAUUCAGCAGGAAAUAGGAAGUAAGCAAAAGAGGUGGUAUACUGUAUUUUGUAAUAGGUGGUUGUCUCUUUUAGGGGCAAUAAUAAAAGUUGUAAUGAUGUUUUUAGUCCAUUGGAUAUAUGCACUAGCUUCAAUUGUAAUUGUUAUUGCUUUGUGGUUUUACAUUGGCCAGGUGAAUCCAGGAAGUUUUCGAGGUAUAGCAGAAUUUCGGUUUUUCCCUUGGGUAAAAAGUGUGUUUUACAGAUGCUUAAGAUGUAAAGUAUCUGAUUACGACCAAAUAAUUGUUGCCCCUGAACUGCCAGAAGUUGAAGUAAAAGCUGCUCAAUUAACAGAGGACAACACAGAUUAUUCUUCCAGAAAACGUUAUCAUCACUCCAAAACAAUUGAAAGUGUCCCUCACACUGGACACCUUGAGAGCGAUUAAGUGCUCUGACCUUUAGAACUCACGCCAAUUUUAUUCAUAUUAUUUUGGCCUUUGCUGGCAAAGACCUCUUGAAUGACAAUUUUAUGUGUUACUGCUGUUUUAU